AUGGCCGAGAAAAAGAGAGAAAUAUGGAAUUGGCCUGUUCAGCUGGUUCGAUCGCAGUUAGAAUCGAUGCCGCUGUUCCCAGAGCGUAAUCGUUGCUUUGGACCCUUGAAUACCUGCCCACCGAAUGUUCGAAAGCUGCAUCAUUCCCGGGCGCAGUGUUUUAUAGCUUGA